AUGGGAAACUCCAGGCGGCUGCUUCAAUGGCUGCCAUGGCUAUCUCGCUCCGUUCCCCUUCACUCCUUGGGCCGCCCCCUCUUCCUCGCAACCCUUCGCCUCUUCUCGUCUCCUCCUGCUGUUCCUCCUCCGCCGCCGUCGCUAUCUGAACCAGUAAGCCCCAAUUUCAUGGUCGAAUACCUCGUCCGCUCUUGCGGGCUCUCCGCCGUUGAAGCAGGCAGAGCUUCCCGGUACUUCACCCACCUCAAAUCCUCCAAGAAACCCGACGCCGUCCUCCGCCAUCUCCGGCAGCAGGGUCUCGAGCCCCCCCACAUCCGCCGCCUCGUGCUCUCCCACCCGCGGGUCCUCCUCGCCAGCGUGAAGAAGACCCUCGAGCCCAAGAUCCAAGUCCUCAGGGCGGCGGGCUUCUCCGGGCCGGAGCUCGCCCGGCUGAUCUCCGCCAGCCGCGCCACCCUUGAGCUCUGCAAUGUCGUCCCCCGCGUGGAGUUCUGGAAGAAACUGAUCGGCAGCGAGCAGAAGCUCUUCAAGACCAUGGAGAGGGCCCCCCACCUGCUGAGCUACCGACCCGACGAGAGGGUCCUCCCCUCCCUCUCCCUCCUGCGGAGCUUGGGGGUCCCCGAGGAUAAGAUCGCCACCGUCAUCCUGCGGAGGCCCAGGUUGGUCGUCUCCCACCCGGACAAGAUCAGGGCAGUAGUCGAGCAGGCGAAGAGCCUUGGUGCGGCCCCUGGCAUGCGGCUCUUCGCGGAAGCGCUCUCCACAGUGGCCAACCUCAGCGCCGCCACUCUGGACGCCAAAUCCAGGCUCCUGCGGGGCUUCGGGUGGUCACAGGAGGAGCUCUGCUUCGCCUUCCAGAGGUUCCCCCAUGUCCUGAGGUUCUCCGAGAAGAAGCUCCUCUCCGGGAUGGAUUUCCUCCUGAAAGAAGCCAGCUGCGAGCCCUCCUACGUCGCCCGCCACCCAGUCCUCCUGGGAUUCAGCGUGGAGAAGAGGCUGAUGCCCCGGUUCCAGAUCCUGCAGUUUCUGAAGACGAAAGGGCUCCCUGGGACAAACGUCGAUCUCUGCACCGCCAUGGCCAUGCCUGAGAAGAAGUUUCAGGACAAGUUCUUCGUCCCCAACCGCGAGAAAUUCUCUGAAAUCUUUGAAACGUACUUCGCUGCCUGUGGAGAGAAGCCUUCCAGAUGA